AUGCAAGUCAACUACGAUACCGGUCCUGUGCGAACCUGGGACGGCCCGGUGCCCCCAACUCAAGGCCCAGACCCCAACGAUCAUCUACAAUACAUGCGACUAGCGCUUGACCAAGCACAAGAAUCACCACCAAAACCCUCAAACUUCCGUGUUGGCGCCCUAUUAGUCGAUGCAGAUACCGGAAACAUUCUUUCCCGCGGGUAUACCCUGGAAUGCGAGGGAAACACGCACGCAGAACAAUGUUGUCUCUUGAAGUUUGCUCAAGCGCAUGACUUGCCGGAAGAUCGAGUCGGCGAAGCAUUACCACCAAACACUGUCAUCUACACUACCAUGGAGCCUUGUAAUCUCCGGUUAAGCGGCAAUUUGCCAUGUGCGGACCGCAUCAUUCGCACGAGAGGGACAAAUGGAGAACAAAAGAUCAAGAAGGUGUAUCUUGGAGUCAAAGAGCCGGAGAAGUUUGUAGGUGAGAACGAGGGACGGAAGAAGCUGGAGGAACAUGGCAUUGAAUGUGUUCAUAUACCUGGGUUGGAAGAGAGAAUACUGAGUGUUGCUACUGCUGGUCAUGAUCAGUAA